CGCUGUUUAUCCUGUUAGCAGACCCCUAAAUCAGGCAGGAAAAUAAAGCUCAGUGGAAGGGCCUCGGAGCAAGACAAUCCCACGAAAAUGGACGCGGGUUGAUUAACGUGAGUGAAGUUCUGAGGACCAGAAUCCAGACGUAAUUCUCCAUCCCGGCUGCUCGUUAGAUGCCCGGACCGACCCCCAGACCAAUUCAAUCAGAACAUUGGAGGGGCUUGUAAAAUCUCCCAGGGAGAUUCCGGUACGAAAGCCAGACUCACACGCGCGUUCUCCACCCGCCUGCCGCGGCCAGCGCGGGUCCCUCUUAGGGAAUUGAAUGGAGGCCCCGCGCCGCCUCCUCGAGUAUCCCAGUGUGACCGAUGGCCAGCUCACAAACGCGCAGUGGGUGCGGCCGAGCCGGGGAGCAGCGGAGCGGAGGGCUUUCGGCCUGGGAAAGAGGAGCCACGGUCCGGAGAGGCAUCAGUGCCGGGCCGCUGAAGUCCUCGCAAUUGCUGGACUCAACCGCGCGCGCCCUCUACCGGUCCCGCAAAGGAGCCGCAGCCGCCGCGGGAGGCCACAGAUUCAAAGGAAAAAACAUGAAAAUUAAAAUCAAGUUACAAUUUUGUAUUGGCAUAAAACAUAUCAGCAAAUAAGAUGUCUGAAAAGGAGGGUAUGUCAGAGGAGCUAGAGGAUACUAUUAGUCAAUUUAGGAAAGAAUCUAGAUCACAGUCAGUGAAGGAGCCUGGCUUUAUUAAAGAAACAUCAAAUUUGAUAAACGAAGCUUCUGAUUACCUGGAAGGGAAAUCUUCUAACCAGAUUUAUGAAACACAUCCUAGACAGAUUACAUUAGAGUCAACAUCUUCCUCUGGAAGCAAGUCUAAAAGAAAUGAAGAACAAAAGAAAAAUCUUCAAUUUUCUGAAACAAGCACUAGAACAGAAACUUCACAGAGUUUAUCAUCACUAACUGGGAGGAUUGCAGAAUAUCAGGCUUUGGUUAACUUCCUAUCUCAUGAAACAGUAGGAGAAGUUAGUCCACAAGUCUCUGAAGAAAAUCAGAAACAUCUUGGCUUAGAAACAACUUGUAAAGAUAACUUUACAGUUAACCUUGAGGCCAAGGGUUUACAGGAAUUUCCUAAGGACAUUUUAAAAAUCAAAUAUGUAAAACAUCUAUAUUUAGACAAGAAUCAAAUCAAAACUUUUCAAGGGGCAGACUCAGGUGAUCUGCUAGGACUUGAAAUUCUAUCCCUGCAAGAAAAUGGAUUAUCAUCACUUCCAUCUGAAAUUCAGUUACUUCAUAAUUUAAGGAUAUUAAACGUCAGUCACAACCACAUAUCACAUAUACCUAAAGAAAUAUCUCAGCUUGGGAAUAUCAGACAACUCUUUUUUUAUAACAAUUACAUUGAAAAUUUUCCUUCUGACUUAGAAUGUCUUGGAAACUUGGAAAUUUUAAGUUUGGGUAAAAAUAAGUUAAGGCAUAUACCAGAUACUCUGCCUAGUUUAAAAUACUUGCGGGUUCUCAAUUUGGAAUAUAAUCAAUUAACAAUAUUUCCUAAAGCUCUGUGCUUCCUUCCAAAGUUAAUUUCACUAGACCUUACUGGAAACCUGAUCAGCAGUUUGCCAAAGGAAAUUAGGGAGCUUAAAAAUUUAGAAACACUUUUACUGGAUCAUAAUAAGCUUACCUUUCUGGCUGUAGAAAUUUUUCAGUUACUCAAAAUAAAAGAACUCCAACUGGCCGACAAUAAAUUGGAAGUUAUUUCACACAAAAUUGAGAAUUUUAGGGAACUUAGGAUUCUUAUACUUGAUAAGAAUUUAUUGAAAAAUAUACCAGAGAAAAUAUGUUGCUGUGCAAUGUUGGAAUGCCUUACUCUUAGUGAUAAUAAAUUAACAGAACUUCCUAAGAACAUCCAUAAGCUUAACAAUUUAAGAAAACUUCAUGUAAACAGAAAUAAUAUGGUAAAAAUAACUGACAGUAUCUCACAUCUUAAUAAUAUAUGCAGUCUAGAAUUUUCAGGAAACAUAAUCGCAGGCAUUCCCAUUGAAAUAAAAAACUGCCAAAAAAUAAUUAAAAUUGAAUUGAAUUAUAACAAAAUAAUGUAUUUUCCGUUGGGACUGUGUGCUUUAGAUUCUCUUUAUUAUUUGAGUGUUAAUGGAAAUUAUAUUUCAGAAAUACCUGCGGAUAUAUCUUUCAGUAAACAACUGCUUCAUUUAGAAUUGAGUGAAAACAAACUCCUCAUAUUUUCUGAGCACUUUUGUUCUCUUAUUAAUCUUAAAUACCUGGAUCUUGGUAAAAACCAAAUAAAGAAAAUUCCAGCAUCUAUUUCUAAUAUGAUAUCACUCCAUGUACUUAUUUUAUGCUGUAAUAAAUUUGAAACUUUCCCUAGAGAAUUGUGUACUUUAGAAAAUUUGCGAGUACUUGAUCUUUCAGAAAACCAAUUACAGAAAAUCUCUUCAGACAUCUGUAAUUUAAAAGGAAUCCAGAAAUUAAACUUCUCAAGCAAUCAAUUUAUACAUUUUCCUAUUGAACUGUGCCAACUUCAAUCACUGGAACAGCUGAAUAUAAGUCAGAUAAAAGGGAGAAAGUUAACAAGACUUCCAGGAGAGCUAUCUAAUAUGACUCAACUUAAAGAACUUGAUAUCUCAAAUAAUGCAAUCAGAGAGAUUCCAAGAAAUAUAGGAGAAUUGAGAAAUUUGGUUAGUUUGCAUGCAUACAAUAAUCAAAUAAGUUAUAUUCCACCAUCUUUGCUAUCUUUAAAUGAUCUCCAGCAACUAAACCUGAGUGGAAAUAAUCUGACAGCUCUACCUAGUGCUAUCUACAAUCUUUUUUCACUGAAGGAGAUAAAUUUUGAUGACAACCCUUUGCUGAGACCUCCAAUGGAAAUCUGUAAAGGAAAACAGUUGUACACUAUUGCACGCUAUCUACAGAGGGCAGAUGAAAGAGAUGAGAAAAUCUUAGAGAAGAUAUUCAAGAUAGUUGCCAACAACAUCACUGAAACCAAUUUUGAAUUUUUAUGUCAAAAACUAAACCUGGCAAACUCAGAAACUGAUAUGCCUACAAAGAGCACUGUUUCAUUAAGUGAGAGAGCCCACCAAGCACUUGUUAUAUGGAAAACACAGAGUAACAAAUUAUCACUAACUGCUGCUGCUUUAAGAGAUCAACUAAUUCGAGCACUAACUAUGAUAGGAGCAUAUGAAAUUAUGGACAAAAUAACAGCUUUAAAUCUUUUUACACGUGCAAUUAAAUUCUAACCAGUGGAUCAAUAAUAAAAACUGAAAACUUUUGAUGCACUUAUAAUUGAAACUGUGUUUUUGAACCAUUUCACUUCACUUUAUCAUACAAGAGAAUUACAUCUCUUUUCUUGCAUUCUUAAGAGAUGAUGACAACUUAUAACUACCACUCUAAUGUUAUCAUAAUAAAAUAUUACAGACACU